GGAGGGGAGCGAGCUGUGGCCUCCAUUUUCUGUGACGAGAGAACCCUGCUCGUCUCUCACAGGAGUGGAAUCUGAAAGGCACUGACUCAGUGUUGUUUCCGUUUUGUCCAUCAGGUACCACUUGCAGAGGGGGGAAUACUGUCAGUGUUUUUCUCAAACCCGGGUCUCUCUGGAAUGUUUCACAGAAUCUGCUGUGGAUUUUAUUUGCCUAACUCCUUGUGUGAUGAUGGAUCAUAGCUCCUGAUGUGAGAAAUGCCCUUUGGAUCAGCAUACUUUUUUCACUGCCGGCCAUCCUGUCUUCCUGGUAGUUUGCAGCAGUGUCUUGUCAUUGGUAUUAAGUGUGUGGAUAUGUAAUAUAAGCUUGUGGGACUGUGUGGUUCAGCAGCUCUGGGCUGCCUGAUGAUGGCGAAGGUUCCUUUUUCUUUUUUCCUCUUCAGGGCUGUGGUACACGUAGCAGAGUGACUUGGCUAGUGUUAAGUUAUUUUCAUGUGGGCCUCGUUUGUUCGCUCAGUCCUGAACAGGAAGGCCCCGGAGGAUGGGUGUGUGUGUGUGUGUGUGUGUGUGUGUGAGUGUGUUUGUGAGAGAGAGAGACUCUUGGCAGCCUGAAACAAGAUACCCAUGUGCCAUGUUUUAAAGAAACGGCUUAACCCAUGUGUGUCCUUCUUUCUGACUACACAAGUCAUGGAGCAUAUUCCUUUUGGCUUUCAGUUCGAGGAGUUGUCUGUGACGAUGUUUUUUUUUUUUUCAUUAAGUUAAUUAGAAAAGGCUUUAUGGUUGUGAGUUACAGUUUUGGCUUGGUAAUCAUUAAUCAGUCUUAAAUCUCUGGGGAGUGAAACAAACCUUUACUCAUUAAGGGACUUAAGGAGUGAAGGCUCAGCAGCUGAUGUAGCUGAUGGUGUUUGGUUGGUCACGUUUGAUUUACUAAAGUGUUCAGGAUGUCUAUGUUAACUGUCACAUGCACAUCAGCGCUGACAUUUGAUCGACUUUUGUGUGGAAUGACUCUAUAAGUGCGGAGGAGGGGACAUGAAGGACAUUCCUUAACUUUCAUAAGAGGAAGGGGAGGAAAAAAAAAAGAAGCUUAUCCAACAAAUGUGGUUGACCUUUGGGUUGUAGCCUGUAAACCCAUCGUCCUCGAUGGAACCCAGAGCUGCAGGCAAAGCUGUGAGCUGGUCAAGUGUGUGACCUGUCAGGGGUCUUUGGGAGGGUUCUCUGCUCAGGGCUCGAGAAUAAAGGCUACAUCUUUGGAACAAGGCCCUCUGUCGCUCUAACAAAGGAGGAGCCAAGCAUUCAAAGCCCUUCGUUUAUUGCUGGAUCCUCUUUUAUUCCGGUUCCUUCUUCCCCGCAGAGGAGAUGAGAUCAGUCCUGGAGACCUGAGAAAUGAGGCUUUCCCAUUGCUAGUCUGGCUGAGGAGGAGGUGAAGACGGAGUCGGAUGUGGUAGAGGGGAUGGAUGCAGCUCUGCGGUCCAAAGUCCCUGAUCCACCAGGGUCAGUGGAACGAUCAGUGGCACCACAGAAAAGAAAGGUGUCAAGUCCCACCCAUUCCUCCAAUGGGCACUCUCCCUCAGACACCUCGCCCAGCCCUCUGAAGAAAAAGAAGAAGCCUGGGGCCGUCAACAGUAACAACAAAGACCAGUCAGAGCUAAGACAUGGUCCCUUUUACUAUAUGAAGCAGCCAGCACUCACCACAGACCCUGUUGAUGUUGUACCGCAGGACGGCAGGAAUGACUUCUACUGCUGGCUGUGCCACCGCGAGGGCCAGGUGCUCUGCUGUGAGCUCUGCCCCAGGGUGUACCACGCCAAGUGCCUCAAACUACCAGCCGAGCCCGAGGGCGACUGGUUCUGUCCAGAGUGUGAGAAAAUAACUGUUGCUGAAUGCAUUGAAACCCAGAGCAAGGCAAUGACAAUGCUGACAAUAGACCAACUGUCCUACUUGCUCAAGUUUGCACUCCAAAAGAUUAAACAACCCGGGACUGAGCCUUUUCAGAAGCCUGUGUCUCUGGAACAGCACCCAGAUUAUGCUGAAUAUAUCUUCCACCCCAUGGACCUAAGUACUUUAGAGAAGAAUGUAAAAAAGAAAAUGUAUGGCUGCACCGAAGCCUUUCUCGCUGACAUGAAAUGGAUUUUGCACAACUGCAUCAUCUAUAAUGGAGGCAAUCACAAACUAACAGCAACUGCAAAAGUGAUUGUCAAGAUUUGUGAACAUGAGAUGAAUGAGAUCGAGGUGUGUCCAGAGUGCUACCUGUCUUCAUGCCAAAAAAGGGACAACUGGUUCUGUGAGCCAUGUAGUCAACCUCAUCCUCUGGUCUGGGCCAAGCUAAAAGGCUUUCCUUUCUGGCCAGCAAAAGCACUUAGAGAAAAGGAUGGACAGGUAGAUGCACGCUUCUUCGGUCAACAUGACAGGGCAUGGGUCCCCAUCAACAACUGCUACCUCAUGUCCAAAGAGAUCCCUUUCUCUGUGAAGAAGACGAAAAGCAUCUUCAACAGUGCCAUGCAGGAGAUGGAGGUCUACGUGGAAAACAUUCGCAAGAAAUUUGGCGUCUUCAACUACGCACCCUUCCGCACCGCUUACACACCCAACAACCAACUACAGAUGCUCGUGGACCCCUCCAACCCCAGUGCUGGGACAGUGAAGACGGAAAAAUCAGAUAAACUGCGACUAAAUUUUGACAUAACCGCAUCUCCUAAGAUGGUCCUCGGCAAGAGUUCCACACCGAGUGGAAUGAGUCGGAGGGUCUCUAUGACGGACAUGCCUCGCUCCCCAAUGAGCACCAACUCUUCGGUUCACACAGGGUCUGAUGGGGAGCAGGACAUGGAAAAGCCCAGCAGAAAUCCUGCUUUCCACUAUAGCACUGGAGAGGAAUCAAUGGAUUGUUCUGCAUCUCCUUUGUCUGGAAAGAUGGGUCCAGCAGGCAGUGUAACGGGCAGCCCAAAACCCUCAAACCCUGGUCUGGUUCCCAAGCAAGAGAGGACCACCAGCACAGGCGGCAUUCUCAAUCUCAACUUGGAUCGAGUGAAAGCUGAAAUGGAUCUUAAGGAGCUGAGUGAGACUGUGCAGCAACAACAUCAGCAACAACAAGGAGUGUCGGCGACGACCCUCCCUACUCCAAAGAGACAGAUCAGGAGCCUGGACAAGACGAUUGAAAGCUGCAAGGCUCAGCUCGGUAUAGAUGAAAUUUCUGAAGAUGUGUAUAAAGGUGUGGAUCACAGUGACUCUGAAGACUCUGAGAAAUCUGACUCGAGUGACAGUGAGUACCUCAGCGAUGAGGAUCACAAGCCAAAGAGCUCUGCCCAGGACGACAAAGACAAAGUGGAGAGAAAGAGGCCUAAAUCGAACACGGACAGAGAGAAUAAAGAGAGAGUAACAGGGACGGGGGAUAAAGCCACCCUUGAACCCCUGCUCAAAGAGAAACAGGGUAGCAAUGGGCCGGACAGGGACAUCCAGGACAAGCCCAGAACACCCCAGCCUCAGCCCCUCACUGAGAAGCCCAAAGCUCCAGAGGAGGGUAAAGCGGCUGCUGCCACAUCAGCGGCUGACCAAGACUCUGAUUCUGAAAGAGAGUUGGUGAUUGACUUGGGCGAUGAACAUGGAGGUCGGGACUUGAAGAGGGCGAGGAGAGACGCAGGGGCGUCUGCUGCCAAACCUCUCAAAGACACUCAUGCUGUCAAGGCCGAAGGUAAACAGCCUUCGUCUGGCGCUGCAACAACAGCAGCAGCAGCAGCACUACCACGCGAAGUUGCCUCCAGCCUGAAAGACGCCUUGCAACCUGCCAUCACGGCUGCCCUCAGCCUUGUGUCCACUGCAGCUUCUGGUCUGUCCAGUGCUGCCACGACGACGACGACCACCACCACCACCACGGGAACCACCAGUGUUCCCUCUUCUGCCUCCAGCUCAGUCUCUGCAGCGUCUCCGGCGCCUGCAGCUGUAAAGAAACAGCGCCCUCUACUGCCCAAAGAGGCAACUCAGGCCGUGCAGCGAGCAGUGGUUUGGAAUCCCACCAAGUUUCCCACGUCCUCUCAGAAGUGGCAAAUGGAGAAGGUGCAGAGGCAGCAGCAGCAGCAGCAGCAGCCUCCGGAGCAGUCAGCGGUGCAAACACCGAGUCAGGGGCAAACACGGAGUCCACAGCAGCUGCAAUCACAACAGCAGAAUUCCAAUACCAGUAGCCGCUAUCAGACCAGACAAGCAGCCAAGGGGCAACAAAAAGACCCGUCACCAAAUUCAUCCUCAUCCACAGCUCCUCAGGUCACAUCUGGAAGCUCCUCGUCUUUCACAGGAGACGUACAGAUCCCCACAGUCUCGGCUGAUGUGGCCGCAGAUAUAGCAAAGUACACAAAUAAAAUUAUGGAUACUAUUAAAGGGACAAUGACUGAAAUCUACAACGACCUUUCCAAAAGCACGUCGGGAAACACAAUUGCAGAGAUUCGACGGUUAAGGAUAGAAAUUGAAAAGCUCCAGUGGCUGCAUCAACAAGAGUUGUCAGAGAUGAAGCACAAUCUAGAACUGACGAUGGCGGAGAUGCGGCAGAGUCUGGAGCAGGAGCGAGAGCGGCUGGUGACCGAGGUGAAGAAGCAGAUGGAGAUGGAGAAGCAGCAGGCGGUGGACGAGACCAAAAAGAAACAGUGGUGCGCCAACUGCAGGAAGGAGGCCAUCUUCUACUGCUGCUGGAACACCAGUUACUGUGACUACCCCUGCCAGCAGGCCCACUGGCCAGAGCAUAUGAAGUCCUGCACACAGUCAGCUUCAGGUUCACAACAGGAGCCGGAGGCUGAGUCCAACUCGGACCCUUAUAUCAAAUCAUCAGGUCACUCUCCUGCCACACAGUCCCUGCCCUCAGCCGCAGGAUCCAUAUCAGACAAAAGCAACUCUCCCACAUACAUGGACAAGAGUAAAGACAGUGCUGCUGUGACUGUGACCUAAGCCCUACGCUACAGAGACUCUGGCAGAUUUUUCUUUUUUUUUUACAAAGCCACCGUGGAGCUUGUGGAUCAAACAUUCUGCGUCGUCAAAUUUGGUGCUUAAAGGCCUGGAUCUCUGUGACAAAAA